AUGGGAGUUGUGAGAGAAAGAGCCAAUGAUAGCCCUACAUCAAAGAAGAAGGCGCAGGCCGGGGGUAGACGACGACUUCGGAAACCUAUUCGACACUCUCGUUCGUUUGAUGCACCCACUCGUGGUGGUAGAUCCGUACGAGGUCGACCAUUACGCGCCAGUCUACAGUCAUCCCCAGGAUCCAACCGGCGCAAUGGUCCUCCCCCCGAAAAAGAGGAGGUGGUUGAAGUGCAUCCCGCCACCUCGGAAGACGCUGCGGCCUCGCUAGUAGUGGAUGCGGAAGCAUCAUCACUCGCCACAAGGAAUAGUUUGAAGGAGGGACAGCCGGGAGCAUUUAGUGCCAUGGCACAGGCAGAAUCGUCUCUGGCGAUGAAGCAUGUUUUGAUGGAUGAUCCAGGCAAUAGUGUGGAGCAGCCUGAAGCAGCAACGACAUCGCCUGCUUCAGCAUAUGAGCCUGCACCACUCCCAGAAACGACAGAACUUGGAUCGACUCAGACGAAUUCCAAAGUCAUCUCACCACAGUUGGUUGCCUCUUUUGAUGUCAAAACAAAUGUAGAGAGCAGUCGUCUACCUGGUGCAGAAAGUGUUCGUGGCCCAGGUGCGGAGGCAGAUGCCUAUGAUGACUUUAGUCAACAAGAUUCAUUCGACGAAGAAAAUCCUGCGGAUGAUGACUCUGCGGCUGCGGGGUGUAUGCCGGUAUCGGAAGGGGUGUCAUCUGGGUCGAUUGUUAGCGAUGAUGAUGUUCUUGUGGAAGCUCGCCUGGUGGACGACAGCAGCAAGGGGUUCCUUGUCGUAGAAGCCAAACCCGCUCAGGAGGUUAAAGACUUGAAAUGCCAGGACAUGCUCAAGAAUCCAAAGGUGCGGUGGUCGUUUACAGGCUUGAUUUGCCUCAUGUCUGCGGUUGUCUUGGCUAUCAUACUCGCCUUCACCCUGGGUGGUGGUGGUGACAACCAAGAAGAAAGCGGCAAUGCGGAACAGGGCGGUGCCAGCAACGGAGCUGAGGGUGCGCAUUCCCCAGCAGCACCAGAAGCAUCCAAGACUUAUCCUCCAAUCAAGUCAGGUGCAUCACCAGUAUUGUUGGAUGCCCUAGGGGGGGGGCUGCUAGAAUCCACUCGGGUAGCACUAACACAACCUCGCCACAAUUCCGGGCCCAGCAGUGGUUGUUACAGCACCCCAACUUGGAUGAAUAUCCACCUCACAGGAUACUCCAAAGGUGACAUCUUGGAUAGAAUUGGUCUUGGGGGCAACAAUCUGGAUGGCAGCAUUCCUCCAGAGUUGUUCCUGAUUUCAAGUCUUCAGGUCUUGGAUCUUUCUGCCAAUGUGGCUCUCAGAGGUACUCUCCCUUCUACGAUUGGAUUACUGGACAAACUUCAAUUUGUCUAUGUCGAUGAAACGGGCAUCAGUGGCUCCAUCCCGACAGAACUAGGCAGAGCCACGAGUCUGGAAGCUGUGGUUUUCUUUUCUAUCGAUUCACUUUCUGGAACUCUGCCAAGUGAAUUGGGUCUCCUGACCAACUUGCAGGAACUUACGAUUCGGGAGGUAAAACUCAACGGGGCGACUAUACCCUCGGAAUUGGGAAACCUCCAAAAUUUGACAAAUUUGGACUUAUCUGUUGCAAAUCUUCAAGGAACGCUGCCCAGCGAAUUGGGCCGUCUCACAAACCUCGAGGGAUUGAAUCUAGGAUCAAACAAGGACUUGGUUGGGACUAUUCCCACAGAGUACUCUCGCUUGACUACCUUGUCGCAGGGCGGCGGGUUGGAAGUGGAAAUCACCGGCCUUGUUGGAUCCAUCCCUCCAAGCCUGUGUCUUGUGGUUAUUGCAACGGAAACCAACCUGACAGGAUGCUAG